CAAUAACAUGGUUUAUUGGGCUGAAGCGAGGACUCUUAAGAACUUCACACUCUUCCUGUUGUGAUAGUCUUCAGGAGCGACAGCACACUUCCUCUGGGUCUGCUUGUGUUUCAUCUGAAGUCAUGACAGUUACACCAGUUCGUGAUCUGAAGAGGGUCUUACCCAGGACGUAUUGUCACAGGAGAGAGGUUCUGUCAGAGAUCUCUACAGUUUUGUCUCAGCAUCAGUCCCUUCAGCCAGUGCUGGAUAGAUUUGUCUUCAAUGAUGGCACAGCGAGGACCUUGGUCGGUUUGACUGGAACAAUUAAGGUGUUUUAUGAAGAAUGCAGCAAUCAAAACACUUCCACAUGUUGUGGUUCAGGGAAACGCUACAAUAUUCCAGUGAGUCUGUGGCUAAAGGAAAGUUAUCCGCGCACUGCGCCCAUCUGCUAUGUGAAGCCCACGCCGGAGAUGGUGAUCGUGGCCAGCAGACACGUCAACAGCAGUGGAGAGAUCCUGAUGCCUUACCUGGACGAGUGGACACAUAUGCAGUGUGAUCUGCACAGCUUGAUUCAGGUUAUGAAGGUCGUGUUUAGUGAAGUUCCUCCUCUACGUAUCUGUCUUUACCCAAAAGACUCAGGUUCUGCUUAUCACAAACCCUCAGCUGAGGAAAUCUCACAUGUGAUGCUGGACAGAGAGGACGAUCUUCCUUUCUCAGAACAUAAUGAAACCAUCUGUUAGCUUGCUAGAUAUAUCUGCAGUGUGAUUUUGUACACAUGUGUUGUUGUUAAAGUAGACAUUUGCAUGAAACUGUAAAUAUUUGUUGAAUAAUAAUAAUAAUAAUAAUAAUAAUAACGAAUGUUAAAUUUGAGCAGCUUGAAUGUUAAUACUCAAAUAAAUUUGAUGUACAUUUAA